CCACGCCCGCAUCAACCACUCAUGCUGGCCAAGUGGCCAUGUAGGUGCCUGACUGCCUGUACCUUCGCAUUGAAUGGAUUAGGAGAGAUCGUGCACCAAGCAGGCAGUGCUCCAGUCCCCAGCAUCACACUCCUCGCAGACCUGCUAGUGCUCGCCCGAUGGCUCGCGUCCUGCGCACCUCCCUCGUCGCGCCCUCGCCGGCCGGCGCCGCGCUCCCCGAGCGCUCUCUGCCGCUCACCUACCUGGACGCGCUGUGGCUCCACGCCACGCCCGUCGAGCGCGUCUUCUUCUACCCCGACGCCACCAGCGACGUCCUCUCCAACCUCACGGACUCCCUGUCCAAUGCGCUCGCCGCAUUUUACCCUCUUGCCGGCCGCCUCCGCCUCACCCCCGGCGCGCACAACCGCUACGAGCUCCACUACCAGCCGGGCGACGGCGUCACCUUCACCGUCGCCGAGUACCACCACCUCGGCUUCGGCGAGCUUGCCACGGACGACCCUACGGAGGUUGCCAAGAUCGGGCCG